AUGACGAAGCCCCUUGAUAACUUCACUAUCUUAUUAUCUGAAUCCGAUGUCUUUACAAUCAAUACUAUUAACCAAUUGGUCCACGAGCUCGAACCUAGAUGUAGGGAGCUACGCCAACUAGUCCAAUCCAAAUUUCAGUAUACCGCUCGACUUGCAUCGACAGCAUCUGAAAAAAAGGCAGAAUUCUUAUCGGAUACAGUACUUCGAGAAGGAUUCAACAAUAUGCUUCUAAAUCUAGAGAUAGACACAAGGAAGAAACGAGAAGCCAGCGGUCCCCAGUAUAAAUUGCAUAUUUGUUUUGGAAAAUAUCCCAAAUCACAAAGCGAUGGAGAGUGUACAGUCAACAUUAGUAAUAACAUCCCAGAUGAUGAUAUCAACUAUUAUACUGAUAACACCAACCAUAUUUUUACUUCACUCGAUUUCAAUUCUCAAUCCGAUGCAUUAAAACGAAGACGUGCUUCAUCGGCUUCCUCAUUUCCAGUGUCUAAGCCAAAGAAGAUCCAAACACAAUAUGAAACUAGCGCUGAUCCCAUCAUCAAGAAAGAGAAGGAACCACUUGGAACUACACAUACUCGAGUUGAUUAUGAGAUAAUCAGUAUCUCUAGUAGUGAUGAAGAAGCAACACCUAAUGAUAAUGAUAAGGCAAAACUCAGUGAGGCAUUCCGUCUUUUUAAGAAGGUACUGAGACAGACGAAGAAGAAAUCAAGUUUAGCAGAAGGUCAGGACAAAAAAUUGAAAGUUAAGCAUGAGCUAGGGGGGAAGCCAAUCUAUCAGAUAUCCCAGUGGAGGAAGUCAAUCUAUCAGAAGAGCCAGCGGAGGAAGCUAAUCUAUUAG